GCCGGGAGCAGCAGGAUGGAGUCUGCGGGCUGACCGCUCACCGUCUCCCCGCUGAACCCGCGCUGUGAGCGGCCUCAGGAGAUCCAGGAGAGGAGGAGCAGCGGCUGUUUCAGCUAUGAGGAUUGCUGGGUUGUUGCCUCCUGGCGGCCUGGCGUUUGGACUAUGCUGUGUUUUUCCACUGGGUGGCGCCUCCUGAGCCAAGCUCGCCGCCUCCUUCCCCGCCCCGCCCCUCAGUCAGCUGCCAUGUACACCCCCCGACUCUACGGUGCCCCAGGGGGAGGAGGAGGAGGAGGAGGAGGAAGUGGGGUGAAGCCUGGGCGGAGGGCGGGGCUAGCCGUGCUCGAGGCGCCCCACCCCCCUCACCCCCACCUGUCCCACCACCCUCACCCCGCCCCCCCUAGCCCCGCCUACCCGCUGUAUCAGGGUCGCCCCGAUGCCCACCGCGGCCCCCACUUCCACCACCACUACCACCCACACCCACAGCCUGCACAUCUAGCCCCACCCCCUCUGACCCCCCACUACCAGCACCACGCCCACUUCCACACGUACGGAGGCGGGGCUCCUGCUGGGGUGGCGGUCAGCAGUAAGAAGAAGACGUGGAACUUCAUCCAUGAGAAGAUGAGCUACGACACCUUCUUCACCAUGAAGCGUCUGAUCGAGCGAUCGCGGCGGCCUGAUGAGGUCCUUCGAUGGGUCACCCAGAAUCCCACCAAGAUCUCCCACAACCACUACCCCGUCGCCCUGCAGAAGAUCGGACAGCUGCUGCAGGCCCCGCCUCCGGCCCGGGUCACGGGAGACGACGGGGAGACGGCAGGAGCGGUAGAAGGUGGCGACAGGCGUCAGAUCCUGGAGCACCAGGACUUUCAGACGCUCUGCAACGCCAUCGUCAACGACUGUGCAAAGUUUGACAACUUCAGCAUCGUCAACUGCCUGUACGCCGUGGCGGCCCUCGGUCUGCCCAGUGACUCUCAGGUGGUCCAGGUGUUGGAGGCGGAGUCCCAGUCCAGGCUGAACCAGUUUAACCAGAAGGACGUGUCCAUGGUGUUCAGCUCCAGUAUGAAGCUCCACCCUGGCAGCCAGCACCCUCUGACCGAGGCCUGCCUCGCCGGCCUGGAGAAGAACCUGGAGCGAGAGCGCCACCCUCAGACGCUCUUCCUGCUGCUGUCCUACUACAGGCUCAAGUGGCGCUCACUGCAGCCGCAGGACCCCUCCCCCGCUGCAGGGGGCGCUACAAAUAGCACAACUCCUCCAAACCCAGACCAGCUGCUCACCAACAGGAAGAUCCUGCGUCUGGUCAAACACACACUGGCGAGUGUGAGUGGCGUGCGUGAUCAGGAGAUGGCGCUGUUGGAUGAGAUGUUGGCGGCGUGUGCUCGGGAGGCGAGCAACAAGAGUCUGGAGCUGAUCUUUAGUUCUCACCUUUUCUACCAGAACAGACAGGAGCGGUUCAUCAGCAGCCUGGCAGACGAGCUACCAAAGAAGGUGGACAGCAUCACGCCGUACACCAUGGCGCUCAUCGCCAAAUACAUAGCUCGGCAUCGUCUGAGGGAGACUCGGCUGUUGGACACCAUAGCAGACUUCCUGGUGAAGAAGGCCGAGUACCUGGACAGCAAGGUGAUCCAGAAGCUGGUGUUCCCCUUCAGCAGGAUGAGCUACCGUCCGUCCGGCGAGCAGCAGUUCUUCUCCCGCCUGGAGGAAGUGGUGGAGCUGAAGGCACUCAGCUCGCCGCUCGCCACCGUCAACAUCCUCAUGUCGCUGUUUCAGCUCGGACACUUUCCCGGCCUCGUGCUGCACCGCGUCUUCUCCUCCGCCUUCAUCAGCAACGUCACCAACAGCCCCUACGCUCUGAUUGUCAGACGCUACCUUUCUCUGCUGGAUGCUGCUGUGGAGCUGGAGUUCAGGGACUACACUGGACCACGACUACAGGAUGCUCACAAGGUGCUGAUGUUUGACCACGCCCUGACUGCCGACGAGGUCAACCGCAAGUACAGUUAUAAAGGUCUAGUUGCUGAGGCGUUGAGGCAGCUGGUUGGAGAGCAUAACUUCAAACAAGACGAGGUUCUGGCUCCUGGGUACUACACAGACUUCCUGCUGUGGAUGGACAGUUCUGGUCGAGUUCUGCCUAUCAGGUCCGGGGCUGGUCUGUCCCUCAGCAUCAUCCCUCCGUCCUGCAUUGCCGUGGCCUCUAAACCAGCUGAUGGCUCAGUUGCCAUGGUGACCUCAGAGUUUCAGAAGUUUUCACCGUUCGCUGCACUGGUGGAAGGGGCGGAGCCUCCAGGUCAGUGUGGUGAGCCAAUGGGUGUGGCCAUAGAGCCCAGAUCCUUCCUGCCCCACCACAUCCGCAACACUGCGGGGGCCCCGGUGCCCUCUGGACCACAGCGGCCUGGGACCAAUGGGGGCCCCUUGGACUACGGGCCCUACUAUGGCCCCCCUGCUGAGUUCUACACGGGCCUGCCCAAAGAGCACUCUCUAGAGAGCCAGGACAGCUCCACACUCAGCAGCCCCCCCUCUGACAGUCUAACACAGCCAGGGGCCCCAGGGCCAGCAGGGGCCCCAGCACCGGACUCACUUUUCCAGUUUUCCAUUGGGAAGAUCCUGGAGGAUGAGGGUGGGGCAGGGACCCCGGGGGGCAAGGGGUCGGACUGUGAGCUGCCCGGAUUCUAUGAAGGAGCUGCGUAUGCCGACGGGCCAGGGGCCGACAGAGAGCCUCCAUCACCUCCACAGCUCCAACCUCCAGACAGGGUUGAGGGGGACGACGCCCCCACAGAGCAGAGGGCUGUCAGAAGAGUCAUCAUGUCCGUCAAUGACAAAUGGCACUACUGCCACAACUCAGACGUCCUGGUGGGCUCCAGGGCCAUGAGGGACCGCCACCUGACGCUGCUGGGCUACAUCAUCCUGCAGCUGCCGUACCACGAGCUGGAGAAGCUGAACGGCAUCGAGGAGGUGAAGCAGUACCUGCACAAGAAGCUGCUGGACAUCCCUCUAUGACACCGAGUGUUUGAGUGAGUGAAUGAGUGAGUGAGUGUUGGCCUGAACAUCCUGACAGUCAGAGCUGAGGGCAGAGAGCCACGCCAUGAUGUUCACCUCAGAGCACCUUUACUAAAAGAUUCCAUUAAAUGAUUAAAGCUCGUCACGGAGGUGGUUACGGUGGCCCUGAAGGUCGACGGGAAAAACAUUUCAAAUUUAGCUCAGUUCAGAAACCGCUGUCUCAGACUAACUUUAGCCAGACUUAGAUAAGGAGCAGCAGUCUCCAGCGUUACUAGAACACACACACACCAACAGUCUGACCCUCAUGGUGACUCUUUUGAAAAGUGGGUGGAACUGGUGAGGAGCGAGGCUUUGAUGUUCUUACUGUUUUUUUUGUGUUUCAUGUCCUUUUUUGCGCUUUGUGCAAUGCCUUUUGCAGUGGACCCUCAGGGCCACCGUAGAUGAUUGCUGUGAGACUAAAUGACAGUUAAGGUGAGCGUCUGUGAGUCUGAUCAGAUCCAUGACCUCAGAUCUGCUCUUCUUUCUUUAAGAACCACCUGCAGAGAAAAUUCCUCCAGAUCCGACGAGCCGCCAAACAAAGCCUGUUUCUAGCGAUCGUUUAGUUUGGUCUGAUCUCUUGGCCGUGGAGGAGAAAACGAUAGUUUUGUUUCAGGGAGGCACUGAUGAUGUGGCUGAUACUCAGAACAGAUCUGACCACGCACUGAUACAGCUGCAGCUCCUACUAUGAUUUUAACCUUUGCUUUAUGUUCCUUAGACGUUCCUCAGUCUCCUGAUCUGUAUCAGAGAUCACCUCACAUCUGCAGACGUGGCUCUGGCUUCUUCUAUGCUAGACUGGAGCUCAGCAGUCUGGUUCUGGAAGGAAGAUCCCCAUCCUUGUCCUCCAUAGAGGAUUUGAUUAUCAGCCAUAUAAUCAUAAAGACCUGGACCUACCAGAGCUACCUGAGGACGGCUCGGACUACGUACCUUUGUUCCUUUGUGACGCCACAGUGUCUGACUGUGGGACUACAAUCUUCAGAGGAAACCUUCAUGAUCAGAGCGGUUCAUCUGAUUGGCUAGAUUUCUCUACCUCUCAUAUUUAGACUGAACUAACAAACUCUCCAGAUAUCUGCAUUUAGAGUAAAUCUGAGUUUAUAAA